AUGGCAAAAUCCCGUCAAUCUACUGAAGAUAAUCCGCCUCCAGUUCACUCCGAUGAAGAAGGUGAAGAAACCGGCGAAUCCGAAGCCGAAUCCGAAGACUCUGAUUCUUUAUCCGAGUCCGGUGAAGAUACCGGCGCCAACGAAGAUACCGUUGCCAACGACCUUGUGAACCUUAAGAAUCCAAGGCCGAAUCCUUCUCCGACUAAGGGCGCCACUGCCGGUUCUAAGAGGGCAGCAACAAAGCCUCCUUCUGUGAAUGCAAAGAGGGCUAAGACCGAUAAUUCUGGGAAGAGUAUUGAUGGGAAUGAUGAGAAGAUGCGUUUCUCGCGAAUAUUUAGCGAGGAAGAUGAGAUUGCUAUUUUGGAGGGCAUGGGUGUUUUCUCUGCCAACACUAAAUCAGACCCUUUUGAGAAAAAAAAUGAGUUUUAUGAGUUCAUCAAGGAAAAGAUAGGUGGUGACAUAAUCAAGGGUCAGUUGAUCCGAAAAAUGAAGAGGCUGAGGGAAAAGUACAUUAACAAAGCGGAGAAGGAGGAGAAGAAGCUGCAAAAAGGGAAAGAAUGGAUUUUGUCCAACCCUCACGAGCAAAGCCUUUACACUCUGUCUAAAAAGAUAUGGGGCAAUGAGAGGGAAGUUGGGAGUACUACAGUGGUGAUUGAUUAUGAAGAAUUGAAGAAAGAGAGGAAGAAAGAGAAGGGGUUUAGUUUUGCUCCAAAUGAUGGUGGGCUGGAUGCUAAUUGGUUUUUGAAUGAAGGUGUGAAGCUAAUGGGUGAUAAUGACAGGAUUGCAAUGGAGAAGAAGUGGAAGGAGUUCAAGUUAUUGGAGUGUGAACUAUCUGUGAAGGAGCGAAAAUUAAUGCUUGAGCACAUGGAGAAGGUUCAUAAAGGGAUAAAAUCACAUGGGAAAUGA